AUGCGCCAACCCCGGCCUCCCCAGGUCCCAACGGACUCCGACGACCGGCCGCUGCAGGAGAUUGCCAUCACUGGCGUCACGAUCUUCACAAACCCCUUCCAGGAGAUGCGCGAUGAGGAGGCGGCCAAAGAGGCGGAGGAGGCAAAAAAGACGGCAGGCGGCAACCCGCAGGACCCCGAGAACCAGCGAAGCCAGUGGUACAGCAACCCGGCCGCCAGCCACGCCGCGGCGGCCGUGCGCAGCGGCGUGGGCAAGUACGUGCAAGACGCAAAGCUGGAUUCAGGGGCUGGCGGCGGCGGCGGCGGUGUGGGCGGCAGGGCGCUCGCGGCGGCGGCGGGCGGCGCCGCAGGGGCGGCGGGGGCGGCGGCGGGGGGGAGCAUGCAGCCGCCGGCGCCCAAGAAGCAGAAAGCGAGCGGCGGCUUUGGAAACUUUGAUGCGUGGUGA